AUGAUAUCUCCACACUAUUCUGUGGUGGCUUCAGAUGACGCCGUGUCAUCAGUUCGCUACAACAAUCUUCUUGCGCGUAUUAUUGAACUUGAAGGUCGACAGGAAGAACGUGAGAGGUACAAUAAUGUUGUUGCUGCUCGUGUGGCACACGACUCGAUGGACAUAAGGCCCCCGAAAGAGAAUACGCAAAGCUUCAGGGCAAAUCCUCCACUUGGCCGAUUUUCCAGACACCUCAGUGAUGUUGGAGGAGAUAAUGAUGAUAAGCAGAUUUCACAGUGUACCGCUAUUGUUCGGGCAGUCAUGUUACGGGUGGAUCGCCUGGAGAGGCAAUUAGCACAGAUGGAAAAGAAAUAUGAAGCGCUUCAGCAAUCCUUUAGGGCUCAAGAAAAAGAAUUAAAAGAGUUGAAAGAAACAAAAGGAAUUGAUAGCCUAUGCAGGGAUAUCCCUCUUGGUAUAAACAACAGUGUAAAUGGAGACCCAAUGGCCAAACGAAUUUGUACAGUUGUAGAUGAUCGUAUGGCGAAAUGGAGAGAUGAUGUCCUUGCGGAAGUUGCUGUCAUGAUAAAAAAGGGUUUUCAGAUUGAUAAAGAAGGAGGAGAAAAGGGGAAAAAAAGACCAGGCAGCGGUGUUGAUGGUAGUGACAAUGGUGAUGGUAAUAACUGUGGUGAAAGAGGACGUAUCCUUACGGCCCAUCCCCCGUCAACCAACAACUGCAACGACUGCAAUAGCAGUAAUAGUAAUAACAGCAAGAAGAGUAUCCAUAGUGGGAAUAGCAAUAGUGAUAAGACUAGUCAUAACGGCGGCGGGACUGCGGGGCCCAUCCCCCCCGGCCGGAUCCUUGAGCCCCUCAUCCAUCCCCGUAUUCCCCAACCUCGAGCUCAAUCUCAACCUCAACCUCACGAGGUUCAACUGCCGCCGGUCCACGGGGGAACAGUCACAUCUCCGCCGGUUGAUGGAAUUCUCGCCCGGUCCGGCAGCAAAAGUCUUCAGCGGGGAAGCCUCAGUUCACUCGGCAGCAACACGGGCGGAGGAGCGCCGGGAAUGAGUGUGAGUUUCUCAUCACAGCGAACUACCGCCCAGCGUCUUCAUACCCGAGGAGGGAAAAAACAGAGUGAACGCAGUCUCUCCGGCUCACCCGUGAUUGAAUCGGAUGUCCGUGUUGUUAACGAAAAUGAGAGUAACAAGAGUCUCUGCAAUACCUUAGGCAGUUGUGUGGCACCGUCUAGCAACACAAUAGCAACAACGGUGAGUCGCCUACCUUCUGUGAAAGUGGGUCGCUUUAAGAGACAACGGUGUUUGCCAAAACCCCUCGACUGUGAAGUGCUUAUGGCCGCACAAGAAGAAUUUUUGAAAAUACAGAUGCGACGCCUGGCUGAAAUGCUGGAAGCCGAAGAAAGAGAACGGGAAGAAGAAGAGGAAGAAGAAGAACAGGAGGAGGGGGAGGAGGAGGAGGAAGAAGAAGAAGGAGAGGAAAGAAGAAAGAAGGAAAUAGAGGAAGAGGUGUUAGAUCAAGGAACCCCCAAUAAUCCACCGUCACUACCCCACAAUCUCUCUCACGUAAUGGUGCCGAGAUCAUCCUUUUCCUCUGUGCCACUCCAACACUCAAACGAAAGACUUCCACCCUUUCGGCGUCAUUCAAGUCGACAAUUUAAUAGAGUAAAUACGGGAGUAACUUCAUCAUGUAGAACCGGUGCUCCUACAACCCUUACUGGGAGUAAUACCACUCUCAGCGAUGUUACUGCUGCUGCUGCUGCUGCUGCUGCGGCGGCGGCGGCGGCGGUAUCGCGUGCAGGUACAGCCCCACAAAGAUUAUAA